AUGGCCGACGCGCGGCCAGCUUCCGACGUCAGGCGGCGCCGGUCAGCGCAUCGCGGUCUCUCCCAAACAGAGAAGGCAGUAGUAGAUUCUUUCCAAGACUCCCUCACAGAAGAGUCGUACCUCGGUGCUCUCAACCCCACCUCCUUGCAAUGGAGUCGUGUGGAUGAGAGAGAAGGGGAGGAGGAGGAAGGGUGGGGAGGAAGGGGGGGGGAAGAAAAUGAGCUAGCAGACAGAGCAGUAGCGGCCGUGUCUGAACAUGAAUGGGAGGAGAUCCCGAGGGGCAUGCUGCAGGGGAGAUGGCAGAACGUCUCCCUCUCUUCAUCCUCCACCACUGCAACCCCCUCUCCCUGCCCCUCCAUUCGCUCCUCCUUUCCUUCUUCCUGCCCCUCCUCUUGCCUUCUGAACUCCCCUUCUCCCUGCCCUGACCACGCCAACCGCUGUGCCUCAAACGCCGACUGGCGGGUGUAUGCUGAUCGUUCUCGCCCUCCUCCGUCUCUCCCUUGGUCCAAAGGCAAAGUAGCAGGAGGGGGCAUGACUCCUAGGAUCGGAGAGACACCCGCAGAAGCGACAGCAGCAGCAGCGGGACCGGAAGGAGUGUUGUUAGUGGCACCGAAUGCAGUUGACCAUAUGCAGACGAAAAGGAUCAUGACCACGCAGGCAAGCCACGGGACCACCACCACGCGCCUGCCACGUCAGCUGCGGGUCCUGCUGCCACGUCAGUGGGAGGUACUGGAGGCGGGCAAUCAGCUGCUCCUGCUGUGGGUCCACCUGGAUUUUCAUUCCCUGCCUCCGCUGCCACGUCAUCUGCAUGUGCGUGGCUACACACUUCAGCAAGCCUCUGUUGCCUCUGAGCCGACCGCAGCAGGAGCCAUGCAAGCAGCCGGCAGUGCAGAGCCGGUGCCACCGAGACCCCAUUCCGUCGCCACCCAGUCACCUGUGCCACCACUGCCACCUGUAGCUUCUGCUGCUGAGGCUGCUGUUGGCAGCAGCAUGAGUGGAGGGGUCGCAACAGUAAGGGGCGCAACUGUUGGUAUUGGGGCGGUGGGGGGUGGCACAGCAGCAAUAGGAAGCGGGGCCCAGCAGGCCCAUCAGGCACAGCAGCGGCACCAGGAGGAGGUGCAGAGAAUGGUGGCGGCAAAGCGGGCGGCGGUGCAGAGAGCAAGGCAGAUGGGCGCCACAGGGCUUGCCCAGGCUGGAAGCUCCCCUUUCUUUUCUUACGUCUUUCUUCCGUUUCUCGGCAAUGCAAUGCCGUUCCUCCCCCGCAGUGCUCUUAUUGCCCCUCCUUUCAUUGCCGUUCCGUCCACUUGUUAUCUGCGCAUUCUCGCCGCGUGCGCGCUCGGAUCGGGUGCCGCCGCGGGCGUUGCGGUAUCCAUCAUGGAUCCCAAGACCUUCAGCGCGCUCUCAUUCGCGGCAACGGACUACAUGACGCCAUUCAUCCGCCUGCUCGACCCGGAGACGUCGCACCAGCUGGCGGUGCUGUCGGGCGAGUGGGGCCUCACUCCACGCGACUUCCGCCCCGACCCGCCCUCCCUUGCCACCACGGUGUGGGGGCGGCGCUUCAGCAACCCCGUGGGCAUGGCGGCGGGGUUUGACAAGGAUGCGCGCUGCGUUGACUCCAUGUUCGCCCUCGGGCUGGGAUUCACCGAGAUCGGCAGCGUGACUCCACUGCCGCAGCCUGGAAACCCCAAGCCAAGAUGCUUCCGCCUCACAGAGCAGAAAGCUGUGAUAAACCGGUACGGCUUCAACAGCGCAGGAAUCGCUGACGUGGCGGAGAGGCUCGGCGCGUGGCAGGCUCGGCGGCAGCAGCAGGCAGCGCAGGAGCAGAAACGGGCAGCGGACGGGCAGGCUCCAAAAAAAGAGAACGUGGUGGAGGAGAGAGUGAGGGACGGAGUGCUGGCUGUGAAUCUGGGGAAGAACAAGACGAGCGAGGAUGCGGCAGGGGACUAUGUGAAGGGCGUGCACGCGCUGGGGCAGUUUGCAGACGUGCUGGUGGUGAAUGUGUCCUCCCCCAACACGCCCGGCCUAAGGAAGCUUCAGGGAAGGUCGCAGCUGCAGGAGCUGCUGCAGCGGGUGCAAGCAGCGCGGAACGAGAUGGAGUGGGGCAAGGAGGGUCCGCCCCCUCUGCUGCUCAAGAUUGCCCCUGACCUCACCACUGAAGACAUGUCUGAUAUUGCUGCUGUCGCCCUCUUCCUCAAGAUUGACGGACUGGUGGUGAGCAACACGACCAUCUCCCGUCCUGACAGCAUCCUGGGUCUGGUGAAUGCGGAUGAGGUGGGGGGCCUCAGCGGCAAGCCUCUUUUUGAGCUCUCCACUGCUGUGCUGCGCCAGAUGUACUCGCUUACUAAGGGUCAAAUUCCCAUCAUCGGCUGUGGUGGCAUCUACAGUGGCGAGGAUGCUUAUAAGAAGAUCCGGGCGGGGGCCUCAUUGGUCCAGCUGUACACCUCAAUGGUCUUCGAGGGAGCUGGGGUGGUGCCAAAAAUCAAGAAAGAAUUGGCCGAAUGCCUCGCUCGUGAUGGAUUUGCGUCAGUGGCAGACGCUGUGGGGGCGGAUCACAGGGAGGCAAGCAAGGGAUUGUAG